UGUAAAAAAAUGAAUCCGCCUCAACAAUAUCGAACUUAUCUACAACUUGAAUAAUGUUGUGAUGCGUGCCUGUAAAUUAUCUCAUAUUGUCGAUUUCUACUGCGAAUAAUCAGCUUUAAUGACCCUGGUUUCUUCAUACAGAGCCGCACUUUGCAAUUUCGCUGGUUCUUCAGCAACCUUCUGCUUCUUCACGGCAAAUUCCUCAAGAUCGUCCUAAUCCCAUCCUGCCUGCUCGCAUUUAAAGUCGCCAAUUCACAUGCAGAAGAUGCACGCAAUGUAUGGGACCAAAAGCACCAGGGCAUGAAAUAGUGCCUUUCUCCUCCUAAUUCUUCAACAUCAUUUAUAUAGAAAUGAGUUUCUAAUGCAGCUAGUUUUCCUUCUCAACUCGUCCCGUGUAGUCACGUAGCUUUUGCCCAAUUUCGAGUGCAUUUUUAGAGGAAAAUCAGUUGUCGUUGAAUCACUGUUCAAUUAAACCUAGUUUGAAUUUGAAUAUAAUUCUUGAAUGAAGAUAAUGAGCGUUUGCUACUGAACGCUCAAAACGCAUAAACAUGCCUGGAAGCGUAAGUGUUUUCUUAAGGGCCUUUCUUUUAUGCACGCUGCUCUGUGUGGUGUUGGCGGAAGGAGGUCGGAAAAAGAAGGACGUUCAUCAUAUGAUCGUCUUAAACGAGGAUGGGAGGCCUCCAAAAGUUCACAGAGUGAAAACCUCCUCUCUCGCAUCGAGGCCGCGGCGCAAAAGAAAGCCUGCCAAGCCCAAAGCGCGCCCAGCUUCUUCAGAGGAAGAGGACAGUGAGGAGAUGCACAAAGCCAAGUCCAAGAAGCGCUUCAAGAGCCAUCAGAAGCCCAAAAAACCUCAAAUUUCCAUAGAGGAUUAUUCCUAUGCUGAUGCAAAAUGGAACCCCGUCAGUUCUGGGGAAGUUUUCCACAAGCACCAUCAACCCCCAGUGGUGCCAGUGAGCGGAUCCAUGCAUUUGGGCUAUCAGCCCGAACCAAUGGAAAUCACCACCUCCUACUCCGACUUCUACUCCACAGCUUUUCCAGCAUUUUCCCCGAUGUAUCAACCUCCAAACUUCGGGAACAUCCAGCAGCCCUACAGGCCGUUUGACUACUCAGCUGGGGAGCCUCAAAACAAUGGCUAUUUGAGUGGUGGAGUUUCGGAGAGCGACCAGCAUGGAGACGCCAGUGCGGUCACGCCUUUCUCCAUUGUGGUGGCGAGUGGGGAGGAAAAGGAUCAGAAGGUUCAGGAACUGAAGAGGGAGACUUCCACCAAGCCGACUGGGAGGGGCAAGCUGAAGAAAGGUCGGGGCACCAGUAGGUUUAAAACGAAAUGAAACGCCAGGUGGUUUUGAGCGUUGCAUUAUUUAUUGUUCGUUGAUUUUUGUAGGUUUUAGCAGUUAAAAACUUUAGUUGA